AUGUAUAGCCAACAAUGGCAACCAACACGUCCGGCUGUCGUUCAGGCCCAGCCACAGGAACGAGAGCCGCCUGGAGUUGCACCUUCCUUGAUACCAUCGCACAACAGCAACGGCGGGGGCAGCGGCGGCAAUGGCAGUGGCAGCCGCCAAGGCACUGGACCUCCCCGCUUUGGUAAACCACCGGAUGCCACUGGUGGUCCGGUCUCUGCGGCCAUCACGCGAGGAGGUGCAGCAAGCGCCGGCCCCGGUGGCAACAACGGCGGCGGGGAUAUUCACAGCAGCCAAGGCGGUGCCAACGGCGGCACGUAUCCCGCCCCGGCAGCUCAACAGCAACCUGCUCCGGCUCCGGCUGCUGGGAUCAUUAACCCAUUCGACCUAUCCGCCGCCGAGCCCUCACAGCCGCGUCACGUUCUAGUCCGAGUAGACGGUGACACAGGAUUCUACCUCGGCAACGCCGUCGGCCGUCCGGCGCCGCAGGAGUUUUCUCUCCCGACAGAGGUGGACGGAUCGCGAUCCGUGGCCAACGGAGACCAGAUCCAGACUGGAUGGAGCAUCGACUACUACGGCCUCUCGCGCAGCCGCCAUGAGUACGGCAACGGCAUUGGGUGGCGGUCUCAGGAAUCGGAGGCCGUGGCGGACGCGCAGGGUAACUUUGGGUGGCCGAGGAAGUAUGUGUGCUCCAUGUGUUGCCUGCGAUGGAACGCCAUGCCUCUGCCCGCCAAAGUGAUUCGGGGAGAUGUCAGUCAAAAGGACCGGAUUGAACUGAGGAUAGCUUACAAGAACGCGUAG